UACAACUACAAGUGAAAGCACAGCAAAACCCUGCAAUUUAGCCACCUCCGCAGUAGGGUUUUUUUCUCUCUCCUCUCUGCUCCUCGGUUGAUCUAGAGAGAGAACCAUAAACCCUAUAAUCUAGAUAAAGAAGCAAUAAGCCCUACAAAGACAAACUUCUGCCAAUGGCUCAAUCCCUUGAACUCCUAUUGAUUCAAUUCUUGAUGCCUGACAACGACGCUCGCCGGCAAGCUGAGGAGCAGAUUAAGCGUCUGGCGAAGGAUCCGCAGGUGAUUCCAGCUCUGAUUCACCAUCUUCGCACUGCUAAAACCCCCAAUGUUCGCCAACUCUCCGCUGUGCUCCUCCGCAAGAAGAUCACUGGCCACUGGGCCAAGCUUUCCCCUCAGCUUCGGCAUCUAGUGAAGCAGUCUCUUAUUGAAAGCAUUACCAUGGAGCACAGUCCGCCAGUGAGGCGAGCAAGUGCAAAUGUGGUAAGUAUUGUUGCAAAGUAUGCUGUUCCUGCAGGGGAGUGGCCAGAUUUGUUACCUUUUCUGUUCCAGUGCAGUCAGAGUGCACAAGAAGACCAUAGAGAAGUGGCAUUGAUUCUUUUCAGCUCAUUAACGGAAACUAUUGGGAUCGCAUUCCGACCUCAUUUCGCAGAUUUACAGGCUCUUCUCCUCAAGUGUUUACAGGAUGAGACCAGCAAUCGUGUUAGAGUUGCUGCUCUCAAGGCUGUUGGGUCUUUUCUAGAGUUCACUCAAGAUGGGGCUGAAGUGGUCAAAUUUCGAGAGUUUAUUCCCAGCAUUUUAAAUGUAUCAAGACAAUGUCUUGCCUCUGGUGAGGAGGAUGUGGCCAUAAUUGCUUUUGAAAUUUUUGAUGAACUGAUUGAAUCUCCUGCACCUCUUCUUGGGGACUCUGUUAAAUCCAUUGUGCAGUUCUCUCUUGAUGUUUGCUCUAGUCAAAAUUUGGAAUCCAACACACGCCAUCAGGCUAUUCAGAUCAUUUCAUGGCUAGCAAAAUACAAGUCCAAUUCUCUAAAAAAGCAUAAGCUGGUUAUCCCGAUACUGCAAGUUAUGUGCCCAUUACUUGCAGAAUCAGCUAAUGGAGAUGAAGAUGAUGAUCUUGCCCCAGAUCGAGCUGCUGCAGAAGUUAUUGACACCAUGGCUUUGAACCUUUCAAAGCACAUGUUCCCACCAGUUUUUGAAUUUGCUUCUUUGAGCAGUCAGAGUGCAAAUCUGAAGUACAGGGAAGCUUCUGCUACAGUUUUAGGUGUCAUUUCUGAGGGCUGUUUGGACUUGAUGAAAGAUAAGUUGGAACCUAUCCUUCAUAUUGUGUUAGGGGCUUUGAGGGAUCCUGAGCAAAUGGUAAGAGGGGCUGCAUCGUUUGCAUUGGGUCAGUUUGCUGAGCAUUUGCAGCCAGAGAUUGUAUCUCACUAUGAAAGUGUUCUUCCUUGCAUUUUAAAUGCCCUUGAGGAUGCAUCUGAUGAAGUGAAGGAAAAGUCAUAUUAUGCAUUAGCGGCAUUUUGUGAGAAUAUGGGUGAGGAGAUCCUUCCUUUUCUUGAUCCUUUGAUGGGGAAACUACUUGCAGCCCUCCAAAACAGCCCCCGUAAUUUACAAGAGACAUGCAUGUCUGCAAUUGGUUCAGUUGCGGCUGCUGCAGAGCAAGCAUUUGUUCCAUAUGCUGAAAGGGUUCUGGAGUUGAUGAAAAAUUUCAUGGUGCUUACCAAUGAUGAGGACCUUCGUUCACGAGCAAGGGCUACUGAGCUAGUUGGAAUGGUUGCAAUGUCUGUUGGGAGAAUUAAAAUGGAACCGAUCUUACCCCCUUUCAUUGAAGCUGCAAUUUCAGGUUUUGCAUUGGAGUUCAGUGAGCUUCGUGAGUACACACAUGGAUUCUUCAGCAAUUUGGCAGAGAUUAUGGAUGAUAGUUUUACACAGUAUCUUCCACAUGUUGUACCUCUGGCAUUUUCGUCCUGCAAUCUUGAUGAUGGUUCUGCUGUGGACAUUGAUGAAUCUGAUGAUGAAAACAUCAAUGGAUUUGGCGGAGUAUCAUCUGAUGACGAAGCUCAUGAUGAGCCAAGAGUUCGAAAUAUCAGUAUAAGAACAGGAGUGUUGGAUGAAAAGGCAGCUGCAACUCAAGCCCUUGGCUUAUUUGCACUUCAUACCAAGGGUUCUUAUGCACCUUAUUUGGAGGAGUCAUUGAAGAUUCUGGUAAGACACUCAGGGUAUUUUCAUGAAGAUGUUCGGCUUCAAGCUAUUAUUGCUUUGAAAUAUAUGUUGACAGCAGCAGAGGCAGUUUUCCAAGGUCAUAAUGAAGGGCCAGCAAAGGCAAAAGAAAUUAUAGAUACUGUGAUGAAUAUUUAUAUCAAGACGAUGACAGAAGAUGAUGAUAAGGAAGUUGUUGCUCAAGCUUGUAUGAGCACAGCUGAGAUUAUCAAGGAUUUUGGAUACAUGGCUGUUGAGCCUUAUAUGCCUCAGCUUGUUGAGGCAACCUUGGUAUUGCUUCGAGAGGAAUCAGCUUGUCAGCAACAAGAAUCAGAUAGUGAUAUUGAUGAUAAUGAUACUGAACAUGAUGAAGUGCUCAUGGAUGCAGUUUCUGACCUACUUCCAGCAUUUGCAAAGUCCAUGGGUCCUCAUUUUGCCCCUACUUUUGCAACACUAUUUAACCCUCUAAUGAAAUUUGCAAAAUCCUCACGUCCACCGCAAGAUAGGACCAUGGUGGUUGCAUGCCUUGCAGAGGUUGCUCAGGAUAUGGGUGCUCCAAUUGCGGGAUACGUUGAUGCUUUGAUGCCCUUGGUACUAAAAGAGCUAGCAUCAUCUGAGGCAACUAAUAGGAGAAAUGCUGCUUUUUGUGUUGGAGAGUUGUGCAAAAAUGGCGGCGAGUCAACUCUAAAAUACUAUGGUGAUAUAUUGCGCGGGCUUUAUCCAUUAUUUGGGGAAUCUGAGCCAGAUGAUGCCGUAAGAGAUAAUGCAGCUGGUGCAGUGGCAAGGAUGAUUAUGGUUCACCCUGAGGCCAUCCCAUUGAAUCAGGUCCUUCCUGUUUUCUUGAAAGUUCUUCCUCUGAAAGAAGAUCGUGAGGAGUCCAUUGCUGUCUUUACCUGUGUAUGUAAUCUUGUUGUGGCAUCUAAUCCUCAGAUCCUUGCUCUAGUUCCAGAUCUGGUUAAUCUUUUUGCCCAAGUUGCAGCAUCCCCAGUUGAAACUUCUGAAGUUAAAGCUCAAGUAGGAAGGGCUUUCUCUCACCUGAUUUCACUCUAUGGUCAUCAAAUGCAACCUCUUCUGAGCAACCUUUCACCUGUGCAUGCCAAUGCUCUUGCUGCAUUUGCUCCGAAAAGUUGAUACCUAAUUGAGCCAGUAUACUGCUCUUCAUCCCCACUUUUGUGUGGACAUGUUUAUUCAUACUGAGUUAGUUUUCAAAGAGAAUGGUUUGUUUCACUUACACUUCAGAUGGGAACAGUUGAAAAGUGAAUGGCAAUUGUUCCUACGCAGGUUUUGUACACACACAAUGCAGCAUUGUCUCCAUUUUUCCUGUGUGGAGACACUGGCCUUUCUUUCAGUUUCUAUGUGUCAGAAUGGUAUUUAUCUUUCCCAUUAUUGGUUUCCCCUUGUCUUCAAAAUUAUUAUUUUUUUUAAAAUUUUUUUUCAAGUUGUGUGCUAUGUUCUUUAAUUAAUUCGUUUGUUGAGUUAGUUGCCUACAGCAGUGUUAUUAGAGGAUGUUGUAGGUUACAACAUCCCAAGUCAUCGUCAAUCAAAAUAACAGUGAUUUCUACCUAUUCUUUAAUUUAUGUAAAAGGGUUUGUGUAUAUCAUUGGCGUUUAUCAUUGCAAAAUAUUUCUGACAGUACAUUGUGAAUGAAGAUUAUUGGUUUAUCGGCUUAGA